UGGGGGGCGGGGCCAGGAUUGCAGAAAGCCAGUGAAAUCACGAGCCAGAUUUCUAAUUUCCUGUUUGGAGGCCCCUUGGGACAAAGUCUAGUGUCCCUGGCCUAGCCAUGCCUUCCAGUAGUUCGAGCUGACUGUGCGGCAAGAAGUGAGAGUGGCCAAUCAGGAAUCUAGCACGCCGGGCUCCUGGAGGGGCUAACCCAGCUCUGGCACCUCCGGGUCCAUAUUCCCGGCCUUCUCGUCCUGGACCGUUUCGGGCAACGUCCUGAGCCCGACGAGGGAUCUGUGCCAUUCCUUCCAAGAUUUGGAGUCCUUCCUACACGAAGAAAAAAGGCAAACUCAGAGAGAAAGGACUUCAGCCUCAUAUUUUUUCUCGGGCGAUCCGGUGCAACUCUUUCCAGAGUCUGAAAUUCAAAGGCACGAUGGCAAGUGGAGCCAAUCAGCAAACACAGGCUCUGGCCAAACCUGAUUUCACCGAGGCCCAAGCCUCUGCAUUGGUGGAAUCAGUAUUUGGGCUAAAAGUGUCAAAGAUCCAGCCACUGCCGAGCUAUGAUGACCAAAACUUUCACGUUCACAUCUCAAGAACCAAAGAUACUGCAGAUGGCCCUGCUGAAUGCGUCCUCAAAAUAAGCAACACUGAGGCCAGCAAAAACCCAGACCUGAUCGAAGUGCAGAAUUGUGUCAUCAUGUUUCUAAAGGCAGCUGGGUUUCCAACAGCGUCCGUGUGCCACACGAAAGAGGACAACAUGAUGUCUCUGGUGUCCGUAGAUAACGGCUCCGGAACCAGAAGCCACUUGCUGAGGCUGCUGACAUUCCUCCCGGGCAGCCCCGUAGCCCAGACGCCCGUCAGCCCCCGGCUGCUGUACGAAAUCGGGAGGCUGGCUGCCAAGUUGGAUAAGACACUGGAGAGCUUCCAUCACCCGAAGUUACAGAGCCUUCAUCGGGACAGCUUCAUCUGGAAUCUGAAAAACGUUCCGCUUCUGGAGAAAUACAUGGAUGCCUUAGGCCAGAACGGAAACCGCGAGAUUGUUGAACAGGUCAUUCAGCUGUUCAAGAAGGAAGUGGUGACAAAGCUAAGCCAUUUUCGAGAAUGCAUCAAUCAUGGCGACCUUAACGACUAUAACAUUCUAGUUCAGCCCAGCGAGUCAGCCUCUGGAGAUGCUGUGUACCAAGUGUCCGGAGUUUUAGACUUUGGUGACAUGAGCUACGGCUGCUAUGUUUUUGAAGUGGCGAUCACCAUCAUGUACAUGAUGAUUGAGAGCAAGAACCCCAUACAAGUUGGAGGCCACAUCCUGGCAGGGUUUGAAAGUGUCGUCCCGCUGACCGCCGUAGAGAGAAGCGCUUUGUACCUGCUUGUGUGCGGCCGUUUCUGUCAGUCACUUGUCAUGGCUGCCUACUCUUGCCAGCUGCACCCAGAAAACAGAGAGUAUCUCAUGAUUACUGCAAAAACCGGGUGGAAGCACUUACAGCAGAUGUUUGACAUGGGCCAGAAAGCGGUCGAGGAAGUCUGGUUUGAAACUGCCAGGUCCUACGAGGCUAGGCGCUCCAUGUGACUAGGUAGGAGUUUGCAUUUACUGGAGUCAUUACAAAUGCCAUGGGGCCAAGUCACAAUUUGUGAGGGAGGUUCUUGCACAGAGAGAAAUGAAUUAAUGGAACAGAUCCGUCCUGAAUGUGGCAGAGCACACAAAACCUCUAAAGCAAACCCAUGAUAACGCAUAUUGUUUUUCCUUUAAGAUACAAAAUGUUAAUGUAUGAGGUUUGUUGUUUUGUUU